CAUGGCCCUCAUCUUUUAUUUCCAUAGAAAAUUGCAAGGUGGAAAACAAUUCACCGAAGAAAAACUUGUGCUAUGUAUCUUGAGUUUUACAGAUGAAUUGUCAAUUGAUCUGUUUUUAAGUUAUGAGUAAAAAUCUUCCCUAGCUAGAUAUAAAUAGAGAUCGACGAUAUGAAGUUCAAGAUAGAACCGAAAGAAGUUUUCAUGACAUAAAAUGGAUUCAGGAGAUGAAUUGAGCUCCACCGAGCUCCUUCAAGCUCAAGCACUUAUCUGGAAUGUUUCCUUCAAUUACAUGAAGCCCAUGUCUCUAAAAUGUGCCAUUGAAUUAGGCAUUCCAGAUAUCAUCCACAACCAUGGCCAAGCUAUUACUCUUUCCGAGCUCAUCCAAUCUCUCCAUAUCCACCCUUCUAAAACUUAUUGCAUUUAUCACCUUAUGCGUCUCCUAGUUCACUCUGGCUUCUUUGCAAACCAUAAAGGAGAUGACAAAGCUCAACAAGAAGAAAAAUACUCUCUCACUCCCACUUCUCGCCUUCUCCUGAAAGACGAACCUUUUAGGGCUACUCAAGUUUUUCUAAACUCUUUUGUACCGGAGUUUGUUACCCCAUGCCUUCACUUAAGCGCUUGGUUACAAAACACCGAUGAAACUCCAUUUGAGACGGUAUAUGAGCGAACAAUUUGGGAUUUCUUAGCUGAAAACCCAGAUCAUAAGCAGAAAUUCUACGAAGAAAUGGUAAGUGACUCACUGUUACUUGGAAAGGUUGUAAUGGAAGAAUGUAAAGAAGUGUUCGAGGGUUUAAAGACCCUGGUCGAUGUGGGAGGCGGCACUGGAACUAUGGCCAAGGCUAUAGUGAAAAAGUUCCCAUCCAUUAAAUGCGCUGUGUUUGAUCUCCCACAUGUUGUUGCUGGUUUGCACGGUACUGAAAACUUGUACUUUAUCGGCGGAAACAUGUUCGAGGCAAUCCCACCAGCAAAUGCACUUUUACUAAAGUGGGUUCUUCAUGACUGGAAGGACGAAGAAUGUGUGGCUAUAUUAAAGAAAUGUAGAGAAGCAAUUCCAAGUAAAAAAGAGGGAGGAAAAAUUAUAAUUGUAGAGCUAAUAAUUGAAGACCCGAAGACUGAUAAGGAACUAAGUGAGACACAACUCUGCUUCGACAUGUUCAUGCUGACCGGAGGUGGGAAGGAGCGUAGUCAAAUGGAAUGGGAGAAGCUUUUCUUGGCUGCCGGUUUCAGUGAUUAUAAGAUAACUCCUCUUUUGGGAGUAAGGUCACUCAUGGAGGUUUUCCCUUGAAGCCAUCUAUGGUUUUAGCAAAUCUGUAAAUCAGAUCAAAUAACUGAUAAAUUUAGGAAUGGAUCUCAAUGGAGUUGAUGAUCACUGUCAAUGCUACAAGCUUAUUAUCGCA